UUCACCAGCCGGUCUUCCUCCUCUUGUGCAGCCUGCCGGGAGACGGAGAGCGGGGAACCCCCAACUGGGAGCCGGGGGAUGGAAGGUGGAACAGAGGCGUUGGCCGCUUUUGUUCUACCCAGUUAAAAAACGUGUGGCUUCUGGAGUGUGGUGGAGGUGGUAGAGUGACGGGUUAAGAACCCUGGCCUCGGAAUCUGACAGAUAAAGCCCAAAACAAAAAGGGCGAAGAGAUUCCUUGAGAAGAGAGAACCAAAACUCAGUGAAAAUAUUAAAAAUGCCAUGCUGAUUAAAGGGGGAAAUGCAAAUGCAACAGUGACACAAGCACUUAGAGAUGUGUAUGCACUGAAAAAACCAUAUGGAGUUCUGUAUAAAAAGAAAAAUAUUACAAGACCAUUUGAGGAUCAGACAUCACUGGAAUUUUUUUCAAAGAAGUCAGAUUGUUCUUUAUUCAUGUUUGGCUCCCAUAAUAAGAAGCGGCCAAAUAAUCUGGUAAUAGGUCGUAUGUAUGACUACCAUGUGCUGGAUAUGAUUGAAUUAGGUAUUGAGAAUUUUGUCUCUCUAAAAGAUAUUAAGAACAGCAAAUGUCCUGAGGGAACAAAACCCAUGUUAAUAUUUGCUGGUGAUGAGUUUGAUGUAACAGAAGACUACAGAAGACUAAAAAGUCUUUUUAUUGAUUUCUUCAGAGGCCCCACAGUAUCAAAUGUCCGACUGGCUGGAUUAGACUAUGUUCUACACUUCACUGCACUUAAUGGGAAGAUUUACUUUCGAAGUUAUAAGUUGCUGUUGAAGAAGUCUGGUUGCAGAACACCACGGAUUGAAUUGGAAGAAAUGGGACCCUCGUUGGAUCUGGUUCUGAGGAGGACACACCUGGCAUCAGAUGACCUUUAUAAAUUAUCUAUGAAAAUGCCAAAAGCCCUCAAGCCAAAGAAGAAGAAAAAUAUCUCCCAUGAUACUUUUGGUACAACCUAUGGAAGGAUUCAUAUGCAGAAGCAAGACCUAAGCAAAUUACAAACCAGAAAAAUGAAGGGGUUGAAGAAGCGACCUGCAGAAAGGAUAACAGAAGACCAGGAGAAAAACUCAAAGAGAAUUAAGAACAAUUGAUAGAGCUUAGCCAACAGCUACAGUUUUAUUGUAGUUUGUUUACUUAAGAGAAUUCUCAAGUUAUAAUCCAUUCAGAGUUUCUUAUAAGAUUUUAUUUCAUAUUUUUAUAACAUUAUGAUUUACCAAUAUAUUAUUAUGAACAGUAAUGUACCAGUAUUAAGUUUAAAGUAAGCCUCUACUUCAGACACUACACCAUGGUGUGUUGUUCUUUCUGUGGUUUGGUAUCCCCUGCCCUCCCCAAACUCUCUUCUCUUAUUGGGUAGGUGGGUGAGGAGGGAUCUCCAUAACACUGGUGUUGCAGAAAAUUUUGGGGUUAGGCAUUAAAUAAGGGAGAACGCCAUGGGAAAUAGAAAUGACCCAAAAGAGCUGUGUACACAUUCAGUAUGAACUGUCUAGAAAGUUAACCCCGUCUUCCAACAUGUAUCUACAGCCUGAUUUUUUUUUUCACUUUUAUAUUAUUUUCCCUGAAAUCCUACCAGUUGAGAGAUUCAUUUGAGAUUUUAAGCUUUGUGUCUUAAAAUGUAGAUCUCUGAGGGGGAUAUCCACUGCCUCAUCAUAGACACAUUACCUUACUAUUGAAUAUUUUAAGAGAUCUGCGCUAUGUGGAGCCCCACCCACCUUCUUGAAGAGAAUGGAAGUUUUACUAGAAGUAGAAAUGAGAAAGGAGAGAAUAGGUGAGUCUUAAGUCACGGGCACUUUAGAGAACUGGGUAGCCCUCGGUAGCUAAAAGUUGCUUGGAGGCCUGGGGUGUUUGCAGAUGGAGUUGGAGUAAGCCUAAUCACUUAUUUUGAAAAUUUCUUGAAGACUGGCCCUGUGCCUAGGAAAACAGGAAGAAGCUUCUACUUCCUCCUACUUGUUGCAUACUUGUUUCCCCAGAAUAGAGAAUUUAGGUUCCUUGAUUGAGUCCCUGGCAAAGAAGCUUCUUUAUGCAAGUGCAAGCCAGUUAUGUUGAAAAAGCACAAACAUCCAUAAACCACAGUUUGUUACAUAAAGUAAAAAUGCUUUUGUUUUCAA